AUGGAUGACGACGACUUAUACGAUGAGUUUGGUAAUUUCAUAGGUGAUCCAAAUGACUCUGACGCAGACUCUGUUUCUGGUUCUGAAGUUGGAGAACCUGAUGAGCUCGAAGAGGUCCCUGUGAAUGAAGAUGGAGAUGGAGAUGAAGAUGAGGAUGUUGAGGGCAUCCAUGAAGAUACAUCACAACAAGCUUUGAUACAUACUGGUGUACCCCUGAGAUUUGCAGGCGCUGAAACAAUUGUGGUAGACCUGGCUCAAGUUCCCGAGGACCAGCCUGUCAUCAGAGCUGCAGCUGAGACCAAGUUACAUGUGGAGUUCAAGGCUGAAGCAGAAGAAGACCUACCGCCAACGACUUAUUCACGCGAGUACAUGCUUCAGCUUGCGGAACGGCUUCCUGAAAGAAUCCGUAAUGUUGCUGUGGUGGGCAAUUUGCAUACGGGUAAGACAAGUUUGGUGGAUACUCUUGUCUUAGAGACCCAUCCAAGUUUAACCACUUCGAAGAGGGACUCGCAAGACUUCAAACCAUUACGCUUCCUUGAUACACAUGUCCUUGAACGUGGAAGGGGAAUGUCAAUCUUCUCACAUCAAAUGACCCUUCUAUUGCAGGACAGUCGAGACAAAUCACACGUCCUCAAUAUACUAGAUUGCCCUGGUCAUCCAGAUUUCGAUGACGAGACUCAAGCAAUGCUUGACGCUGCUGAUGGAGCUCUUUUGGUUCUUGAUGUAACUGAAGGCCUUACAAGGCGCGAUAAGCGUUAUAUCACUUCAAUUGUCAAGAGAAACUUGCCUAUAGUCGUCGUUCUUAAUAAGGUCGAUCGCUUGAUCAUAGAACAACGCUUACCCACCUCAGACUUCUAUUUGAAGAUUCGCUUCAUUCUUGACGACAUAAACGCUUGCAUUCAUCACAACGAGUUUGCCCUGUUGUAUACCCACAAGAAGCUCAUAAGCCCUUUGGAGGAUAAUGUCGUGUUCUCGUCCAAUAAUUUCCUGUUUUCAUUCACGCUCAAGUCAUUCAUUAACCUAUAUGCUACUGAACUUCUGGCUUAUGGAAGCAUAGUCCACGAUAAGUUUGAAGCUUUAUUUUGGGGCGAUAUUUAUUACAACCAGGAUACUCGAAAGUUCACAAAGGACAAGAAACUUGGGAAGAGAUCCUUCGAGCUGUUUAUUUUGGAGCCACUUUACAAGCUCAUAACUCAUGCUAUCACUACUGAUAGUAAAAGCAAGCAAGUUCCAAAACUAUUAUGGGAAAACUUUGGUAUAAAGCUUCAGAAGUCACACCUAGAGAAGGACCCACAAGAACUCGUGCGCUUCGUACUUGGGAGUAUUUUCGGAUCUUCCAAGGGUCUUGUGAGCCUGAUUGCAAACACCGUCCUGGUUCCCUCAGGCGCACAUCCCAAAUACCCAAUGAUUUCGGAAGUUCCCUCCACAGAGACCGUCGCUGAGGCCAUCAAGCUUUCAUUUUCGUCAGACUAUAAGACUAAAUCUUUACUCGUCAAAGUGCUUAAGGGCUCUAUCAAGGCUGGCGAUACCCUCAAGGUGCUCAAUAGCGAUCUUGCUGAAGAUGUACAAAAGCUCACUGUGAAGAAGGUUCUGAUACCAGCUGGAAGGUAUAGAAUAAGCACAGAUGGCGUAGGAGCUGGAAUGUUUGCAUACAUCACCACGAGUGAUUCAUCAAUUGCCAAAUCUGCAUCAUUGUUCAGCUCAGGUCUUCUGCCAGAAUUAGUGAAAGCUUUCCACAGAACGAGCUUUGGCGAGCACUCAGUGUUUAAAGUCGCAGUGGAACCAGAGAACCCAUCAGAUUUGCCACGACUCGUCGAAGGUUUAAGAAGCAUGAGCCAAUGCUACUCCUCAGCAAUAGUUAAACUCGAGGAUAGCGGUGAGCAUGUAAUAUUAGCUCCAGGUGAGCUUUACUUAGACUGCUUCCUUCAUGAUCUCAGGAACUCUUCAGGAGAGUAUCUUUCAAUCAAAGUCAGUGACCCAAUGGUAAAAUUUGGCGAGUCAUGCUCGGAAAGAUCCGCUACAAAGCUUUCCACCUAUGGACCAUCUAAGAAGACCUUCAUUUCUAUCACCGCUGAACCUGUCGCUGACAAACGUCUUAGUAGGUCACUUGAGAAUGGAGUGAUAGACUUAUCCCAGCCACAGCGAAACCUAGCCAAAGUGCUUCGAAAUGACUAUGGGUGGGACUCGUUAGCUGCGAGAUCUUUGUGGGUGUUAGGGCCGCAAGAUAUGCAACUGCCAUCAAUGCUUCUCGAUGACACUAUCGAAGGCGAGACAGAUAAGGCUCUUUUAGCAUCGUACAAAGAUUUCAUCACAACAGGCUUUCGUUUGGGUAUAGAGGAAGGUCCAUUAUGUGACGAACCCAUUAGAAACACAAAGUUCAAGAUCCUUGACGCCGUCCUCGGAAGUUCGGAUAUCCGUAACCAUGGGGCUCAGACAGUUACAAUGACAAGGAACGCUGUCCAUACGGGAUUGCUCACAUCUGCACCUCGUUUGCUUGAGCCAGUAUACCGUGUGAAUAUCAUGUGUAACGCUAGAAGUAUCCAGGCUGCUCACCUUAUCCUUGACAAAAGGAGAGGCUGGAUCGUAUCUGAAACAUCCAUUCCUGCCACACAACUAUAUGAACUUGAGGGAUUCGUUCCAGUUGUCGAUUCCGUUGGCCUUGAUACUGACAUGAGGCUACAGACACAGGGUCAGGCCAUGUGCUUGGUAGAAUUCAACCGAUGGAAAGCAGUACCGGGCGACCCUCUUGAUAAGACAGUUCCUUUGCCUUCAUUGAAACCAGUUCCACACGAAUCAAUGGCACGGGACUUCGUUAUGAAGACCAGAAGAAGAAAGGGGUUAAGUGGGGAGCCCAACUUGCAAAAGUACAUCGAUCCAAGUCUUUACUCUCGCUUGAGAGAAAGCGGCAUUAUCGAUUAA